AUGUGGCAGCCGCGGAGGCCGCCCCGGGAAAUGGCCACCGAGCCCCCGCGCCGCGCCGAGGCCGAGCGGCUGCCCCAGGGCGUCCGGCGGGGCGAGCCGGCCGCCGAGGAGGAGGAGGAAGAGGGCGGAGGGCAGGUCCCGUUCUUCAACGGCUGCGUGCCCCUUUCCCAUCAGGUGGCCGGGCACAUGUACGGCAAGGAUAAGGGCGGAAUACUGCAACAUCCUGAUGGCACUGUCUUGAAACAAUUGCAGCCACCACCUCGAGGGCCCAGAGAACUAGAAUUCUACAGCAAGGUGUAUGCUGUCGACUGUGAAGAUCCUGUGUUUUUAGAACUGCGAAAAUAUUUGCCAAAAUAUUAUGGGACCUGGUCUCCACCUACUGCUCCCAACGAUUUAUACCUGAAACUGGAAGAUGUGACCCAUAGAUUUAAAAAGCCAUGCAUAAUGGAUGUAAAAAUAGGCCAGAAAAGCUACGAUCCAUAUGCCUCAGCUGAGAAGAUUAAACAGCAGGUCAGCAAGUACCCACUAAUGGAAGAGAUUGGGUUCUUGGUGCUUGGCAUGCGGGUUUAUCACAUUCAUUCUGACAGCUAUGAGACUCAAAACCAGCACUAUGGAAGAAGCUUAACAAAAGAGACAAUAAAAGAUGGCGUGGCUCGGUUUUUCCAUAAUGGAUACUACCUGAGAAAAGAUGCCAUUGUUGCCAGUAUUCAGAAGAUUAAAGAAAUCUUGCAGUGGUUUGAGAGCCAGAAGCACCUGAACUUUUAUGCAAGCUCCUUACUGUUUGUCUACGACGGCUCAUCUCAGAUGACAACAGCGUGGAUAAAUGACAGCGCUUUGGUCGAGAAGAGGAGAGCGUCCAAGGGCCAGAGCCCAGACGGCAAUACAUUGGAGUUCUACAACAACAACAUCCGUGUCAUCAGCUCUCCAGAAAACGGCAAGUUCGAGUCCUCUGUUGGCAGAGGUUUCUCUAAAAUGUAUGCACUUCACAGAAGGCACCAAAGUCAGAUUUCCCUUAAGGCUGAAACUGUGGAACAAGACAACAUAUGGAAGAGCAGCGCGUGCUUUUCACAAGAACAUCUGAAUGGAAAUGUUAUACCUCAGUUGGAAAAGGUUUUCUGCCACAGGCCCGCUGUGGUGCCCGACGGCGCAGAGGUGGAAGUCCGGAUGAUAGACUUUGCUCAUGUGUUCCCCAGCAACGCGAGAGACGAGGGCUAUGUUCAUGGGCUGAAGAACUUAAUUACUGUCCUUCAGAAUAUUUUAGACACCUGAAUUCUUUACUAUGAUUUCUACUGGGGGCCAAUUACAAAGAAAAGCAACAACCUUUCUGCACUUGUGAUCCUGUUAUAUGUUGGUUUGUAUUGUUCCCUGUUUUACUUGUCUUUGUACUUUUGGUAGAAUAAUGAAAAUAUUUUAUAAUCUUACUCAGGAAAAUUAUUCAUAGUUUAGUAAAAUAAGGGAAGAGC